GACGAGACGAGAUGUUCAACGCUAUAAAAUGCUCAAUUCCUCGGAGAAUUGGGCUCAGACUGGAGAGCACAUUCGUUCCUAUCCACCCUCUUCUGCUGAAAAGGGCAGAUCUGCUGUCUAAAGAGCAUGCGGAGCUGGAGCACCAGAUGAGCGAUGGGUUUGAUUUGAACCAGCAGAAGAAGUUCUCGAAGCUCUCAUCCGUUGUCGAUGUGUACAAGGAGUACACCGAGAAGCUCGCAGAGUACGACGAGCUGAACUCGCUCUUGACAGAUGCGUCUCUGAAAGAUGAUGCGGAACAGGAGAUUGAGACGGUUUUACCACAGCUGGUGUCCAUCACUGAGAAGCUACAGACCAAGUUGUUACCACCACAUCCAUUCGCAGACAGACCGGCGAUUCUGGAGCUCAGACCGGGUGUCGGUGGUGUCGAGGCUAUGAUAUUCACCCAGGAUCUAUUCAACAUGUAUUUGGGAUAUGCUAAUACGCACAGAUGGCCAUACUCCAUCGUCUCCAAGUCUGUUAACCAGCAGGGGAACGGGCUUCUCGAGGGCAUCAUCUCGAUAGACGAGCCUGGGGCGUACGACAGGCUGAGAUUCGAGGCCGGGGUCCACAGAGUCCAGAGGAUCCCAGAGACAGAGAACAAAGGUCGUACGCAGACUUCGACGAGCGCAGUGGUGGUGCUCCCACAGAUGAGCUCCAAGGGACAGGCAGAGGACGCUGAUGAACGCUCGUUUGCAGCCGGAGAGGUGAGAAUCGACGUCAUGAGGGCAAGUGGUAAAGGUGGACAGCACGUGAACACAACGGAAUCAGCAGUGAGACUCACUCACAUCCCAACAGGGAUCACCGUCAGCAUGCAAGAUGAGAGAUCACAGCAUAAGAACAAGGCAAAGGCCUUCCAGAUCCUGAGGGCCAGGCUGGCAGAGCUCGAAAGGGUACAGAUGGAGGCAGAGGAACGCAAGAAGAGAAAGGACCAAGUGACGUCGACAGACAGAAGUGAUAAGAUCAGAACGUACAACUUCCCUCAGAACAGAAUCACAGACCACCGUUGUGGUUAUUCGCUCCAUGACAUCGAUGGUGUCAUGAGUGGCGAGAAGCUCGACCAAUUGGUGGAUGUUUUGGAGCAGCACGAAGCACAGGAGAAGUCCAAGAGCCUGCUGGAGGAGCUGGAGAACCAGGCGUUGGUGAUGAGCGAGGGCGACUUGAUCUACUGCUCAAGGCGAACGGUCAAAGCUGGCGAGUUGCAACGCUACGUCAUCACGUUUGAGCCCAAGGAAGAGCUGAAGAACCGCAACGUUGAUAGUCUAUGGCUCAAGGUGCGCAAUACUGAGUCUGUUGCUACACGAGCUGCCUUUCUCAGAGGCCCGUACAUUCUGUAUACAGACGUGACGCCUGGUGAGUACGAUAAGAACAAGCCCACGUUUGUUACUCUGGAUCAGCCAAAGUUUGAGCCCAAUCUGAGCCCAUCGCAGAAGUUCAUAUGUGAGCUAUCAUUGCAUACAAUCAAAGACAAGUACGUGUGGACGGUGGAUGUUGUUAGCCAGAUCAUCUUCAGCUCCACGUCAGAGGUGGCGUUUGAGGUCUUGAUAGGCUUGAACAAGGAGUGUCUGAAUCUGAGCACUGACAAGCUGGGCUCCUUUGAUCCUCGACUCACUGUGAAUAGACAGGAUACCAUGGAUCUAUGGAACCUACCGCAUCAUUCAAGAGGGAAGCCAGUGCACUUGGUGAUCUUGACACAUGGAUUGCACAGCAACACAGGGGCAGAUCUGUUCUAUAUAAAGGAACAGAUCGACAAGGUGGAGCAUGGCGAUGAUGAGGAGCUUCUGGUGAGAGGGUUCCAUGGUAACAACUGUAAGACAGAGCUUGGAGUGAAAUAUCUGGGUAGUAAAGUUGGCGAGUACAUCAUACAACAGCUGUACAAUGAAGACGUCAAGAAGAUUUCCUUUAUUGGGCAUUCAUUGGGAGGAUUGGUUCAGACAUUUGCCAUUGCUUACAUCCAGGUGAACUUCCCAUGGUUCUUCCAAAAGUUUAUCACCACACCAGCAUCUCGUCCAAACGUUAUAGUACACGAUAGAAUGUACACAGAGGAUGAUAUUCCACCAAAAGUGAUACGAAAGAAGAAUUUCUUACAAAACUUGGACCCAAUGGCUAAAUUCCACGACUUGGAGGAUGAUAUAGCACGUGAAUGGCACAGAGGGUUAUCAUGGCGUAAAGUGUUGGUUAAAUUGGAACCUGAUGCUCACAACAACAUCAUCGUCAGAAGAAAAUAUGCUAAUGCAUUUGGAUGGCAAGUGGUGGAACACAUGGUGAAUAACCAUUUCACCCAGAGCACACCGAAUGCUCAUACAGUGCCUAAAGUGGAUAGCUCUGCAGAUUUGGAGAAUUUGGAGGAGAUCAAAUCCCUGGUCGAUCGUGAUACUUUACAACGUGAUAACGAAGAGCUGGAUCUAGGUGAUGAUGCAGCACCAACGGCACUUGAUAUGUCAUGGGUCAACCAAAAGGAUGGCGAGUCAAUAUUUGAUCUAGGACCCACAGGCAUGAUGACCAAUUUUAACGAUAUGUUGAACAAUUUCAGAAACUGGUCAAGAACGCUGAGGACAUAG